AUGCGUCAAACAUACUGGAUUCCACAAGGACGUUCAGAAGUAAAAAGAGUUUUGAGAAAAUGUACAAUCUGCAAACGGGGUGAAGGCGGACCAUAUAAAAUGCCAUUAAUGCCUCCACUACCAAAGAAACGAGUAAACGAGUCAGCUCCAUUUACAUAUACAGGAGUGGACUAUUUUGGACCAAUUUUUGUGAAAUCAGACACUGGAAGCAAAAAAGUAUGGGUUUGCUUAUAUACAUGUCUAGUGGUUCGAGCCAUACAUAUGGAAUUAAUGCAAGACAUGUCAGCAGAGGAAAUCUUACUAGGCUUUCGAAGGUUCAUUGCUCGCUGGGGUAACCCAAAACAAAUAAUGUCAGAUAACGGAUCCCAGUUCAAGUUAGCUAGUAAUACCUUAAAAGAAGCAUGGAAUGGUGUGACAGUUAAUUCAGAUGUGCAAACAUACAUGGCAAAUGAAGGAAUUCAGUGGCAAUUCAUUGUUGAGUUAGCACCUUGGAUGGGUGGAUUUUAUGAAAGAUUGAUUGGUAUUGUAAAAAGAUGUUUACGGAAAACAAUAGGAAAGUUAUGUCUAUCAAAUGAACAAUUUAGAACUCUCUUAGCUGAAUCUGAAGCAGUGGUGAAUUCUAGACCACUUGUUUAUAUUGGAGAUGACAUAAAUUCCAAUAUUAUUCUUACACCAGCACACUUUCUAACUCUGAACCCUAAGACAGUAUUUCCAGAUCAUAACGAAGAAGAUUCUACAGAUCCAGAAUAUUUACCGCAAAUUAGUAGUGCUAAAAAAUUGCUAUUGACAUGGAAGAAAGGACAGAAACAUCUAACUAUGUUUUGGAAAACAUGGAGAGAUGAGUAUCUCCUUAGUCUACGUGAAAGAACUGCCAACAAACUAAGGAGUGGAAGAAUCCAGAGCAAAACUCCAGCUAAGGUUGGUGACAUAGUGUUAAUUAAGGAAAACCUUCCACGAAGAAGUUGA